AAAUGCAACAUGGCCCAGCAGCUGCAGCAGCAGCAGCGGCGGCGGGGCUGUGAGGAGGGGCUGCCUGGCGCGCCCUCCGCGGCCCUGACGCGCGGGGACCGCGGCAAGCGCUGAGAGCCGCUGCCUCCCGGACGCCUUCAGCCCGGACGCGCGCACAGCUCGUCGGUUCCGCGAGACAUGGGGCUCUGCUACAGCCUGCGCCCAAGGCUCUUCGGCGACUCCGGAGGCGGCUCCAUCUCCAGCGCUGCCGCCACCACCACCACCUCGGAGACCGAGCAACAGCCGCCGCCGCCGCUGCCCACGGCGGAGCCCCUGGCCCGGCCGCAGCCGCCCCUGCCCGGAGCCCCGGCCACGGGAGGAGGACGAGGAAGGAGCGCGGGGAAAAGCGGCGGCAGUGGCAGCAUCUGCAGCGGCGGGGAGGCGGAAGGCGGCAAGGCGCGCGCGGUGGAGCUGGACGGGCCGCUGCUGCUCCUGCAGAACGGAGCGGGCAACGGGGCGGCUCCCGCGGAGAAGGACAAGGGGCGGCAGCGGCAACGGGGGCCGUCGCCACCCCUCGCAGCUGCCACGGCGGCGGCGGCGCCCCAGGCCAAGCCCGAGUCGGGCUCGGCGGCGAAGCAGCAGCCGCUGGCGCUGCAAAGACCUUGGGAGAAGCUGCGCCUGGAGGAGCGGGAGGCGGAGAAGGAGGCGAGGCGCGUGAGCAAGAGCAUCGACCGGGCGCUCAAGGAGCAGAAAAGGGAAUACAAGCAGACGCACCGCCUGCUGCUGCUGGGGGCUGGUGAGUCAGGAAAAAGCACUAUUGUCAAGCAGAUGAGGAUCUUGCAUGUAAAUGGAUUUAAUUCAGAAGAAAAGAAACAGAAAAUUCUGGAUAUUCGGAAAAAUGUAAAAGAUGCAAUUGUGACCAUAGUUUCAGCAAUGAGCACUUUAAUACCUCCAGUUCCACUGGCCAACCAAGAAAACCAAUUUCGAGCGGACUACAUCAAGAGUAUAGCUCCCCUUUCUGACUUUGACUACACACAGGAAUUCUUUGAACACGCAAAAAAGCUCUGGGACGACGAAGGAGUAAAGGCAUGCUUCGAGAGAUCAAAUGAAUACCAGUUGAUUGAUUGUGCACAAUACUUUCUAGAAAGAAUAGACAGUGUCAGUCUGAUUGAUUACACACCCACAGAUCAGGAUCUCUUGAGGUGCAGGGUUUUGACAUCGGGGAUUUUUGAGACAAGAUUCCAAGUAGAUAAAGUAAACUUUCACAUGUUUGAUGUAGGUGGUCAGAGAGAUGAAAGAAGAAAAUGGAUCCAGUGUUUUAACGAUGUCACAGCUAUUAUCUUUGUCGUGGCCUGUAGCAGCUACAACAUGGUCAUAAGGGAAGACAACAACACAAACAGAUUACGGGAGUCCCUGGACCUCUUCAAAAGUAUCUGGAACAACAGGUGGUUACGGACAAUUUCUAUCAUUUUGUUUUUGAAUAAACAAGAUAUGCUGGCUGAAAAAGUCUUGGCAGGGAAGUCUAAAAUUGAAGAUUAUUUUCCUGAAUUCACACGUUACACUGUACCUGAAGAUGCAACGCCAGAUGCAGGAGAAGACCCCAAAGUUACAAGAGCAAAGUUUUUUAUCCGGGAUGAAUUUUUAAGAAUAAGCACGGCGACUGGAGAUGGAAAGCAUUACUGCUACCCCCACUUUACAUGUGCAGUUGACACAGAAAACAUCCGCAGAGUGUUCAACGACUGUAGAGACAUCAUUCAGAGAAUGCACCUUCGGCAGUAUGAACUAUUGUAAUUGAGAACACCAUGGAGCCUGUGGUUUUAAACAUCAUCUUUUUUUCCAACUUCUUCAUGUGAAGUAAGAGGGAGAUGCUAUAUAGAUACACGUCUGCCUCCUCAGUUUGUUUACUUUGAUUAGCCUUUCAACCCAGUUCAUGCUUUAUGGGAUGAUGUGUGUGCUUUAUUUUUAUAUGCCACUUCUGUGUCAUUCCACUAAGGCCUUUGGCUACCUCUGUUUCCUUAGGUUUGGUUGCAUUUUUGUUUUGUUUUUAAUUGGACAUAGCCUGCUAGUUGUUUUUUCCCCCCAGCAGGUUUGUUCAAGCUGGUAUCUGCUAGUUGGGCGACACCAUGUCAUACUUGCAGUGUGCAUGGGUUUCCUUUCUACCGUGACGCUGAGGAGUACUUGAUAGAUUGGGUGGGGGAGAAUAAUGCACUUUGUUUUAGGGUUGUGAAAUACUGUUGAGGAUAUAUACACGCGUGAUGUAGCAGCACCACAAUAUUAGUCACAGUUUUUAACAUAACUGAGUUGCAGGUCAGCUGACAAAGGUGACCUCCUCUUCUAAGCCAUUAUUGGCACAGGAAAUAGACUAGAUAGUGAGGCACAGGGAAGAUGAGCAAUUUUUCUGGAGGUUUGGAGCCAAGAGUCUCUACACACCUCAGGCAUUUGAAUUCAGAGCUACUUUUUCAGACUACUUGCAUCUAGGCAGAAAAUUCACCCUCACUUUUGUUUCUUCUGUCCACAAAUGAUCCAACUACUUUAGAUCAUUUUUGGACAACAGUCUUCUCCCUAUAUAUAUAAUAUAUAUAUAAUAUAUAUAUUAUUUUUGUUUUACUGCUGGUUUAUUAUUAUAUUGUACAGACUGUAAAGUGUAAUAUUAUUUUGUACAAUUUUAUUGAAGAUAAAUACUUGUAGAAGAUCUUUGUGCCUUGAUUAUGGCUGUACCUGUAAAACGAGCUAAGAUGUAAGUAUGUUUUUGAUUGCGCUGUACAGCUUGAUGUCAACUUUACCUGCAGCAGUGACUGAAGGUAAAAAACUUCUCUGUAGAGUUUAGGGUUUUUCUGGUUUAUAUAAAAAGAAAUGCUCUUUAGUAUAAAAAAAUAUAAAUUAUGCAAAUUUUAGUCAUAUACCUUUGAAAGUAAGUUAUUACUGCCACCAGAUGUUGCAGCAAAUAUGCCUUUCUCAGUCUUAGCUUUAAAACACUGAAAUUGAUUCAAGUGUCCAAAUUGCAACCUGGUGUUUUCAUGGAAACCAAGGAUUUUGUUUUACCUUUAAAAAAAACCUAUGUUCAGUAAUUCUUUGGUCAUUCAUAGCCAAUUUCACAAUUGCAGAUUGUGAAUGUGUAGAAGCACCAUUAGAUAAAGGCUCUUCAAUCUCUGUUGCAACAGCCGCUUUCAUUGUGCAAAUUGGAAGAAAGAAGAAAAGGUUUAACCCUUGUGUCUGGCCUAAGAGAAUUACAAGAUGACAAUUUUAUUUCUCUUAAUAAAGAGACCUUAGAAAAUGGUUUUAUUUUAAAUAUUGUAGAAUCACAAUGUGUGGAUAUUUCUCAAACUUGAAUAAUUUAUGCAAAUGACAUUCACAAAAUAAGUUGUGGUACAGUAUAAUAUAAAAGCAAGAAUUGCAGUAGCAAUAAGGCAUGUCCUUCUCAGUACUAUAACACUGCUUUUAUAUUUUAUACAUAGGUGUUAUGUCGGAGUACAUAGUUUCCUGUGUCCAAGGUAACCUGUACAAACGUUUAAAAUUUGUAAUUGCAAUAACAAAAUUUAGAAGUGUUAGCCUACAUACCUUCAUAGAUUAUGUAUCUCUUGGAUUAUCUUCAUCCUUUGCUUUAAAUUUAAAGGCAAAUUACUCUUUGAAAUAUUUUCAACCACCCAAUGUGAAUCAAUUCUUAAAGGAGGAUAGCAUGUUUGUUGUUUAUGUAAGCCCAGCCGUUUUUCCCUGACAACUGGGCAGACAUGUUGUGGAUGUAACUCUGCAGAGGGGUCACAUUAGUAAUCUUUCCAGGUACUGUAUUUUCUAAGACCCUUUUCAACACUUUAGUUCCACUCUGAAACUGCUAGUUGGAUAUAUUUUAAUGAUUUUUCAAUAAUGCUAACCAUGCAUGUUUCCAAAACGUUAGAAAGACACAAGUGUUUAGGAUCAAAAUGCAAGAUUCUGACAACACUAUUUCCCAUAAAGUGCAUCACUAAUACCAAGCAUCAGGCCUUUCAUUCUUACUGCAUUUGCCCAUCAUGGUAAACCAUAGUUAAUAGCUUACUUGUAACAUAAAGAUGGCUCCUGCCACAAAGUGAGCAGGAGAAACAAAUCACAGUCCUGGCUUAGUGUAACAUGUGGACUUGAGGAUUGUGGUUUGUUUCACUAUGAACAGACCACAGUUGGUAAGCCACGAAAUAAACCUUGACUUCCCCCUGUGGUUUGGGAGUAAAAUAAACAACAAUCCUCAAGUUUACACAGGGGAUUGUGGUUUGUUGCUGCCAUUCAUGCUAGAGGAGAAAUUUCCGCAUUUACUGUAAAUCAUUUGCUAUGGUUUAUUGCAAUGACGCACUAGGCCUAUAUAAAAAAAAAAUGGGGUGGGAAGAGAAAGGAGCCGCUUGCCUUCUAUUCCAGAGAUUAAUUUCAGCCAGACAUCAUAGCACGUGCCAGUGGGAUACACAGCUACGUCUACAGAUCUAAGAGGUUUGUCCUCAAUUUUCUGCCUGGUUAGCCAAUCCUCUGCAAGCCUGUUAGGCAAGGAUUUUGAUGAUUGGCACAUGACUGCCAUCGAAAACUACAUCUAACCUAGAACAAGGAGACUUCUCUGAGGCCAGUAAGUUACUUCUCCCAAUAGCCCUUUUUUGUAAUAUCUUAUUGUAAAAUAACUCUACAUCAAGGAAAAGAAGUACCACACCAGAUGGUCUCGCAGCAAUAACACUUUAAAAUUAUUUCCAAUUAGAAAGACUGAGCCUCUAAGCAGCAUAGGACACUAGUGCAGACACAAGAGGAGGCUUGUAGGACUUAUAGUGUACAGUUACAAACUUUUAAUAUACAUAUUUGAUACAAAAACUUUAGCAAGAAAAUGAUUCAUUUGAUUGUAGAAUACAAUAUUUUUGUACAGCAUGAAGCAUUCAGUUAAGUUACCCUGUAGUAUAAGUCAUAUCAACUGUAUAGGACUUUCUGUAUGUAAAGGCAACCUGCCUUUGGGCUAGCAAUUCAAGUACGCAUUUGCUGGCAUGAAUGUAGUCUGAUGGACUGUUCUUUAGCUUUGGUGUGUCAGUGACCGAUUACAAGUGUCUGACUCUUCAUACUGCUUUAUAUUUAGUGAUUAAACGCUGAACAAAAUGAAAAGGGGUAACGAGAGGGUGAAAGUGAGCUAGUACGAGGACCAAAAGCACAGCUCCUGCUGCACAGUAGAUAGUAAGAACUGUGUUCUCGAAUGGAAGAAAGCACUUAUAGAGAGAGAAGUUGGUUGGUGUUAUACUGCCCUGAGAAAGAAAGGAAAACAGCAUUUUAUAAGAUAUGGGGCAAGUGGUUGGGAGCCUGUAUGCUUUACAAUUAUACUAACGGUACAGUUCAGUUUCUCUCAUAGCAUCAGUGCUCUCAACUGUCCUGUGGAUAAGAGAUGCAGACAGCUUUAAAACCUAUGUUAGAUAUUCCAUUUGUUAAGCACUGAGCUGCCUUGAGACUAUUUUGUGCCAUUUGAAAUAUUUUUUUUCAGUAAAGAACACAGCAGCUGCUAUUUGGCUGGGCAGCUACUCAGACCGCAUAGCACCUACUGGCCCUGACCUGAGGAAUGACUUCCACAUAACUAUGUAGGAUUGCAGGCUAAAGGUGCUUAAUUGUGUUGGAAGGUGGCCACUAAGUAUGUGGGGUGACAAAGCAUACGAGAUAAAGCCAGAUUAAUAAUACUUGGAGUGUUGGGGGAGGGAUCACUGGUCUGCAGGUAAUCUAGGCCAACAGUCAGACACCAUCUACUCCUCAAACUGCUGAAAACAUGAUAUUCUGAAGUAAACUGGAUUAUCUGGUAAGUAAACACUCGAAACAAAAUUAGGGAGACAGCAUGCUUUCCAAGUACAACUGUUUUAACACUGUGUUACUUACUGAGUGAGGAAUAACUUUCAUCUAUGAACUAAAAAUUAUAACCAAUUUGCUUUCCCCCAUGCACAAGAGGCUGAAAAAGUAAACUUAGCACAGAACUGGUUUUUGAAAAGAAUAAAUAUUUAAAUGUGUUUUAGAACUGGGAAACUUUUUGUGCUUCAGGUUAAUCUAUUUAGAGUUGUAAUCUAGGAUACCCAAAGUAAGCAAACUGUGAAUUAGGUUCAUCUGAUAGAAUUUUGCUGCCCUAAGAGAUAGUAAGUUUGCACUUUUGAAAGACAGAAGAACCAUGCAGAAAAGAUUUGGUCCUGUGGAUAAAUCAGCUAAGCAAAAACAAGUCUUAAUACUGUUUGUUGCAGACUACUGAUGAUUGUUGCAGUCAAAUUGUUUACACUGCAUCCUCUUUAUAGAAACAUACUAAAUAUAGCUUGUAUGUAGACAUGUUUGUAAAACCUACAAAAAAAAUACUUUGCACUAUACAAGCAGGAUGGCUACGCAAGUAUGUGCUUUAUAAAGUGGGUGCUUUGUAUUCAACUUAAGUGUACUUUUGGAGAGGAUGGGAGGAGCUGUUUUGUUUUGCUUUUUUACAGGUAGCAUCAGUCUGAGAAAAUAGCUGAUUGCUAUGUUGAUUUAUAUUAUGAAAAAUUAUCUGACAAAAUAAAAACUAUUUAAACUUA